AUGGAAGAUUACUACGCGCUAUUAAAAUGCACCCCUGACGCAACCCCAUUGCAAAUCAAGCAAAGUUACCAGCGCCUGGCCAGAGAAUACCAUCCGGACAAAGGAGCCCUAUCCAGCGAAAACUUCCUGGCAAUCGACAAGGCCUACAAAAUCCUGAAAGAUGAGCUAUCGCGGAAAGACUACGAUUCUACUACGUUUGCCAGCACCUGCAACCAACACAGCCUGAUCUAUGCAGAAUUAGCUAAAGAGGAUAUACGGUUGGAUUGCGAGGGUAGGGCUUUCUACCCUUGCAGGUGCGGAGAAGAUUUCCUUAUAGAGAAAGAACACUUAGAAGAACCUGAAUGCGUUAUUGAGUGCGGCGAAUGCUCAAAUUCCAUCUUGAUUCGGUAG